AUGUCGGAGGAGAAGCCCCCGGAAGGUGUGAAAACGGAGAACGAGCACAUCGACCUGAGAGUUGCCGGGCAGGACGGCUCCGUGGUGCAGUUCAGAAUCAAGCGGCACACUCCGCUGAGCAAGCUCAUGCAGGCGUACUGCUGCCGACAGGUAGGCGAGGUCGCCCCUCCUGUGUCUCCUGCUGCCUAUUGCACAGUUGUGACCUGUGUCCCACUGGUUCUGCAUUCAGAAAUCAAGUGUGGUUUCUCAUCUGUAACUUUGAACUUGCAGGGCUUGUCAAUGAGGUACAUUAUGUUCCUGUUUGAUGGAAAGCCCAUUAAAGAAGCAGACACACCUGCACAGCUGGAGAUGGAACAUGAUGACACGAUCGAAGUGUACCAGCAGCAGACAGGAGGAGGCUGCUAA